ACCCUGCCCCUGGCUGGAAACAAGCUCCAAGCCCCCAGUGUCCAAACCCCUUUCCCAUACUGGGUGUUCUUGCUUCUGGCUCUGCUUCCUGCCGCCUCUCUAAGAAUUUCCCUCCAUCUCUUAAAGGCUACCUGCCAGGCCGGGCCGGGGUGGGGCCGCCGGUCCUCGCGCUGCUGGCAGCCUAGAACCCGUUGCGCGCCAACCGAUUCCUCGGUCCCCAACGAGAUAAACACUGCCAGGCUUCGUCCUUCCGGCGGGCAGCAGGACGCGCACGUGCAGUGGGAACCCUGGGCCCGACGCCUUCAGGGACUUGUAGUCCACAAGUUACUUCAGGGCCGGUAGGCUGGGGGAGGGCGCGCAUGCGCAGAAUACGGCGCGCUCCCGAGGAUCACUGGCCCCUGCCCGGAUGGCAGCAGUAGUUCUAGGGGGAGACACCAUGGGCCCUGAGCGUAUCUUCCCCAAUCAAACUGAGGACUUAGGGCCACAUCAGGGUCCUACAGAAGGAACUGGGGAUUGGAGCAGUGAAGAACCCGAGGAAGAGCAGGAGGAAACAGGAGCAGGCCCAGCAGGCUACUCCUACCAGCCCCUCAAUCAGGAUCCUGAACAAGAAGAGGUGGAACUGGCACCAGUGGGUGAGGGAGAAGAUGGAGCUGCUGACAUCCAAGAUCGGAUCCAGGCCCUGGGGCUUCAUUUGCCAGACCCACCAUUAGAGAGUGAGGAUGAAGAUGAGGAGGGAGCUGCAGCAUUGAGCAGCCACAGCUCGAUCCCCAUGGAUCCAGAACACGUGGAGCUGGUGAAGAGGACCAUGGCAGGAGUAAGCCUGCCUGCACCAGGGGUUCCCGCCUGGGCUCGGGAGAUAUCGGAUGCUCAGUGGGAAGAUGUGGUACAGAAAGCCCUCCAAGCCCGGCAGGCAUCCCCUGCCUGGAAGUAACCACAGAGAGCUGCCUCGUCUCCCUACGUUCCAAGCCAGGACCAGCCCAGGACUAACACAACUCUGGUUUUAACAUCCACCUUCCCAUGUCCCUUUUCACAUCAAGGCAAGUCAGACCUCUCAGAGACCCACUUUAUUCAGUUCUGUACAUAUGGGGACAUUGGCCCAAGCCCAACCCACCUCAGCAUGUAUCACUCUGUGGAGAAUAAAGCACCCUAUGUACACAGCCAAAA